AUGUUUGCAGUCUGCCGCACCCUGGGCAUCCCCUGCAGGUCACUGACCAACUUCAGCUCCGCCCAUGACGCGGACAACACGUGCACCAUUGACCGUUAUUUUGACGAGGCAGGCAACAGUCUACGCAAUUUUACCAACGACUCCGUCUGGAAUUUUCACUGCUGGAAUGAUGUGUGGAUUAUGCGCCCUGAUUUGCCCCCUGGCUACGAUGGAUGGCAUGCACUGGAUUCCACUCCUCAAGAACGAAGUCUUGGUUGUUUCUUCCAGUGUGGUCCCUGUCCAGUGGCUGCUGUCCGCAAAGGUGACAUCAACAUCGGCUACGACACCGCCUUUGUCUUUGCCGAAGUCAACGCGGAGGAACUUCAGUGGCAUGGGAAUCAGGAUAAGCACAAAACAACCGACAGGACCGCCCUGAAGAACAGAACUGUCUUUGACUUUGAUGACAGUUUCGUCAGACUGGACAUCACUGAAGAAUACAAACCUAAAGAAGGCUCUGACGCAGAGAGACGCAGCGUGGAGAAGGCCCUGCGUUACACGCGGUUUGGAGAAAUACUUUUCCAGGGACAGGCUGAAUUGAAAGUGGAACUGAAGGAAGAAGACAACAAAAAGACCUUCGUUGGCCAAGACGUCGUCGCCAAUUUCGUUGUGACUAACAUCACAACAGUUGACCGACGAGUGGCUGUGACUUUGACAGCUCGCAACACUCACUACUGGGACCGUGGCAUUGGAGACGACAACAUCGCGAAAGAAAAGUUUGGUGCCGUUGUCUUGCCAUCUGGACAAAGCCAGACAUUCAGCCUAAAAAUCCCUUACGCAGAGUACAUGAAAGGAAAUGAUGAGUGGUUGUCGCUUUUCGUCUACGGCUGUGCAGUUGACCUCAACGAUGACAUGCCUUACAGUGCCCAGAGACCAUACACUGGACCAGCCGAGGCCAAGUCUGAACAACCAGUGGACGUCAUGGUGUCUGUCGUGAAUCCUCUACCUGACCGCCCACUGACCGGAUGCCAGUUCAUCAUGACCGGCAGUCUAGAGCUUGCAGACAAGGGAGACAAGCGCUUUACUUCCUACUUCAGGAUGCUGCGUGCAGAUGUCAGCGAUGUGAAAGCCGGCGAGAAAUUUUCAAUCAGCUUUAAACUGAAAGGCACGACAACAGUGGCUAACAAGACCAAGUCGAUGAAGUUUAAUUUGAAAAGCAAUGAGCUGAGAGAUCUCAAUGGAGAUUAUGAACUUAAGUUGGUUCUUUGA